AUGAGACAGCAAGGCAGUGUACCAUCUUCUGUUAUAUCCAGUCACUGUAUGCAUCUUGGUGUCCUCGCAACUGCAUGGCACGCCAUUUUAACAGGAACCAUGUUCACUGUGUACUACAAGCCAAGGACAAGUCCUGCUGAGUUCAUUGUUCCAUUUGAUCAAUACAUGGAGUCUGUUGAAAACAACUAUUCUAUAGGCAUGCGGUUUAAGAUGAGGUUUGAAGGUGAAGAAGCUCCACUCUUAUUAUCCUUUUUCUUGGAUGCAAAGUGA